AUGAGAAACACGGAAGAGAUCAGAAAUAGAGCUUUACGCAACAGACCAACUAAAGAACACACAAAGGAAGUCCUCGAAAUUAUUCGAAAGCGAGCGGAAGAAGAUGUUGACUCAAACGUUCUCUUUGAUGAAGGCUUGCUGAGAAGAGCUUCGGUAACCCGACCGAACGAACCCUUGCCAUCGAUUCGAGUCGAUCCAGGCACUGCGAAGAGGCGAAGUUGUCCCGCAGACUUGAACAACGAAGAGGCCGACUUCAUUCCGAAAUAUCGAUGGAGAUCGUUAAGCGAUGCACCUCUGCUUGAACGCGAGGGUCGUUCACCCGGUGAUCGCUUGGCAGCUUCACCUGCUAGAAGUGAUACUUGUAGGAAAGAGCGACGAGUUUCGCUUCUUUCAACCAAUCUUCCACCUUUGGAAGCUGAGCUGAGGCAUAAUCAAUUGGAACGACCCGGCUGCGUUCCAUCGCUACACCGUAAUGAUGUACUCAUACUGCCAAAGGGAGCUAUAAACGUCAACUCAAACUAUGAGGACGAAGAUCUGUUCACAGUGAAUGGUGUUUAUCAUCAUGACGAAAACCGUAGAUGA